AUGGCGCCCGUAAAACGAGGCCCGUCAGUGCUGGUGACCGACUCGCGAGAACGACCUCCACCCCCGAGAGGUGCCCUCCAACGACAGGAUACGGGCAUCGGAAACGUCCACGCCCGACCUGCAAUGCGGUUCAUCUCCGUCGACAACGUCCUUCAGCACGCCUACGACAUCCCCUCGGGCCAGCCUCGAGUGCAACCACCGCAGAACCAGCCCCAGCCUCAACCCCAGUCUCAACCACAACCGCCGCCGCAGCGCCCUGGUAAUGGCCUCGCAAACGCUCGACGCCCCAGCACAGGGCUACCCAACCUGCAGUCCAGGACGGGCGGCCAAAAUAUGCCGUCUCGCACCACCAAGAUCAGCGAGAAGCUCGUUUUGUUGCCCGAGACGGACGAGAAGCCAGGUUCUGACGAGGACUUGGAUGAGGAGGCGAACAAGAUGGCGAGGGAGAUUGAGAUGGAGGAGAACAGGCCGCUGCGCGACGAGGAGCUCGACGUGCUGCGCAAGAGAGGCGGCAUCCGAGGCAAGAGUUAUGCGGAGCGUCUUCCCAAGGUCCAGCGCAAGGAAAAGCUGGCUAGACUGACCGCGUAUUGUACGGCACAAUCGUACAAGAUGAAAUCGACGGCAGACUUCCUCCGAACCAAGCACGACGCAAAGACGAAGCUCUACGACGACUGCCUGUACGUUGUGUACUCGCUGCCUCUCCUGAAUGGUACAGAGGGCUACCGCCUUCGCAGUCGGCCGAUCGUUAAGACCCCCGGAAGCGGCAAGACGGUCCUGGAUAUGGAGAUUGAGCGGAGCGAACAGCGCGACUACCACGAGGGCUACUUUGAAGAUGGAUACAACGGCAGCCCCGUCCACGGAAGCCCCAUGAAUGGCAACAACGGAUUUGGUGAUGAGUCCUCGCAGCGCAACCACCGCGAGCAAUCCCCCGACGACCCCAACUUUUCCCCUCUGGCGCGGAUCCCAGACGCAAAGGCCUUUGCCGAGAUGUUCCUCUUCUCAUACGGUGUCGUCGUCUUUUGGAAUUUCACAGAGCACCAGGAGAAGGACAUCCUCGCGGACCUGACCUUUGCCCAGAACGAGGCCGGACUUUCGCUGCUCACCCGCCCGCUGGAUGAGGAGGACUUUGAGACGGAGGAGUUCCACUUUGAGUACAGCCACGAAGUGAAAAGGCCGCGCAUCUUCAACGACAUGAUUACCCUGCUGCCACGUAGCGAUCACAUGGUGAAGCUGACCAUCAGCCACGCCAUCGCGCAGAGCACAAAGUUGUGUCUGUUUGAGGAGCGCAUGAGCGAGACGAUGCUGGAUGCGCAACACGUACCCAAGAGGCUAGCACUCACGGGCGAGUUGAACAUGACGAGAACGGAGAUUGUCAAGAUCCUGGGCCGCUUGUUCAAGAGUCGUGUCGAUAUCAACCUUUCAUCCAACAUCCUCGACGUCCCCAACUUCUUUUGGGACUCGGAACCCACCCUCCACCCCCUUUACGUCGCCAUCCGGGAAUACCUCGAAAUCGACCCGCGCAUCAAGGUCCUCAACGAGCGCUGCCGCGUCUUCCUCGACCUCGCCGAGAUCCUGUCCGACUCGGUCGCCGACGCGAAGAUGAGCUACAUCACCUGGAUCAUCAUCGUCCUCAUCGUCAUCUCCAUCCUCGUCACCGUCACCGAGGUCGGUCUGCGCUUCGGCAUCCUGUCCAAGAAUAACGGCAAGGGGCCCGGCGAGAUUGGAGGUGAUGCCGUACCGUUGAUUGGCGGUGCAUCCUUACCUGGGAGCGUCAAGUGGGAGCUCGAGAAGAGGAACGUGAGCGUCGACGAGUUGAGGCUGUGGAGUCGGAUGCUGAGUGAGGAGGAGGGAGAGGAGGCGCAGCGUUCAACUGAGGUUGUCGGGAGUCAGAUUAUCGGCAAGACUUUUGCUGGCGUUUAA